CUCACUCCCAUCUCCCCCAGCUCAACCCCAGCACAGCCACAUCCACCAUGUCCGUCUGCUCCAGCGACCUGAGCUAUGGCAGCCGCGUCUGCCUGCCCGGCUCCUGUGACUCUUGCACUGAUUCCUCCUGGCAGGUGGACGACUGCCCAGAGAGCUGCUGCGAGCCCCCCUGCUGCGCCCCCAGCUGCUGCGCCCCGGCCCCCUGCCUGACCCUGGUCUGCACCCCAGUGAGCUGUGUGUCCAGCCCCUGCUGCCAGGCAGCCUGUGAGCCCAGCCCCUGCCAAUCGGGCUGCACCAGCUCCUGCAUGCCCUCGUGCUGCCAGCAGUUUAGCUGCCAGCCGGCUUGCUGCACCUCCUCCCCCUGCCAGCAGGCCUGCUGUGUGCCCGUCUGCUGCAAGUCUGUCUGCUGUGUGCCCACCUGUUCUGAGGGCUCCUCUUCAUGCUGCCAGCAGUCUAGCUGCCAGCCGGCUUGCUGCACCUCCUCCCCCUGCCAGCAGGCCUGCUGCGUGCCCAUCUGCUGUAAGCCUGUCUGUUGUAAGCCUGUCUGCUGCAAGCCUGUGUGCUGUGUGCCCACCUGCUCUGAGGGCUCCUCUUCAUGCUGCCAGCAGUCUAGCUGCCAGCCAGCCUGCUGCACCACCUCCCCCUGCCAGCAGUCCUGCUGUGUGCCCAUCUGCUGCAAGCCCAUCUGCUGCAAGCCCAUCUGCUGCGUGCCCAUCUGCUCUGGGGCUUCCUCUCUGUGUUGCCAGCAGUCUAGCUGCCAGCCGGCUUGCUGCACCUCCUCCUGCUGCAGACCCUCCUCUUCCGUGUCCCUGCUCUGCCGUCCUGUGUGCAGGCCUGCCUGCUCCGUGCCUGUCCCCUCCUGCUGUGCCCCUGCCUCCUCCUGCCAGCCCAGCUGCUGCCGUCCAGCCUCCUGCGUGUCCCUCCUCUGCCGCCCUGCGUGCUCCCGCCUGGCCUGCUGAGGCCUCCGCUCAGGCCAGAAGCCCAGGAGCUGAUGGGCAUGUCCCCCAGGGCCAGCCAGGCUUAGGUCCCCCCUAAAAGCUGAUAGUCACGUCCUGAAUUGCUCCUGUACUUUGACCAUUUCCCAGUGUCUGCUACUGAGCUGGACAGUGGAAGAACUGAAUGUCUAUACUCAGUGCUGCAGCCCUCUUGAUGGGGGUGGUUCUAGAAAGUUCCCAUGACAGUGGCCUCCCCUCCUUAUCUCCCACCUCUCGUGAGGGUCAGCUCAGCCUUGAUCCAUGAGGUCUCUGUUCCCCUGACUCAGAGCCCCAGAACCUUCUUCGGGCGCCCUCAAACUGACCAAUAAAAGCCCUGAGACUGCAAUGGUGCUG